AUGUUUGCAUGCCUUGGUCGCAUUUUAGGAGGUUUCAUAGCACAAUACAUCGGCGUCCUCGUUAGCAUCAAGGUCUUCGCGUCGCCCGGGGGCACUAUCUUCUGGUGGACUCAGACUGCAAUCGCGAUCGCGGCGAUGCUGCACACACCCGAUCCACACUGGCCCGAGCGCGUCGGGCACAUCGCGAGCAGCACGUUAACCUACAUCCCUUUCCGCUUCAGGAAGUUUCCGGUACCAUUGCUGUUUGCCAUUUGCGCAAGCAAUUCGAUGGGUCAGUUUUUUGGUUACGUCUCAAUGAAGCACUUCUUUCCAGUGCUAUCACAGAAGGAAGUUGGAACCCUCAAGUUUCUUGCAAUAUUUGUUGCCUUUCCGGUGGUUAUCGCGAGCAUUGUCGCGAGCAUUCCCGGGAGCCUUGCGUUUUAUUUUUUGGGCACGGACGUCGAUCUGUUUUCAGUGGCCGUGAACUACACGCUUGGACAUAUGUCGGGAACGAUAGCACUACUGUACCCUCUGCUGAUCGUGCCGGCCCUGUGGAAAACCCGAUCUCGCUCGCCCAACACGCUGGUUUGCGGCACGAGCGCCUUUUUCGGAAUCACGUCCAUGUGCGCCUUCUCCAACUAUCACUUGCUCGGCUUUGCGUCGAUCGUGGUAAUGUACGGUCUGCUGGUUGGAGUCAGUGCAUGUAUUGAUCAGUUCCACGCAAGUCUCGUCCAGCUUGCGUGCAUGGGAUCAAUCCUAGGGUUGACGGCGGCUGGACGAGGACCUUUUGUGCAUGCCGUGAAGGAUCGUGAAACAGACGAGGUGUUGAUAGGUACUCAAAUGGGAAUCGCGGCACUGUCGGCCUUGAACGCAUUCGUGGUCAUUCUGGUGUCGCAGCUCCGCGAUCUGCAGACGUUUGAGAAGAUCUCUCGUUGCCAGGCGGAAGAGCUGGCCGAGAGACAGACCCUUGACCUCUACCGGAUCGGACACGAUAUGAAAAACAAUGCAACUUUAAUCCAGGCAUUAUGCGAGGUGGGCGAGACCGAUGGGGACAACAGCAUUCUGGAAACUGUGAAGUCCGUAAACAUUCUGGGUAACGUGCUAGUGUCUGAUAUGGUCGAUAUGGUCAACGGAAGUAAAGCCCAUCGCGUUGUCCCCAAAGAAGAUGUUGACAUAAAGGAACUGUUGAAUGUCUAUUCGAUGGUCGGUACGGGAAUGCUUUUGUUGGAGGGAAAGGAUAAAGACAUUACGAUGGGCGUGCGAAUCGCCGACGGUGAAAAGUUGGAAGUAUACAUUAACAAGGAGCGCCUCCAUCAAAUCAUGUGUAACAUACUGAGCAAUUCCGUCAAGUACACGCAGAGCGGGACAAUCGUUUUGGAAGCCGGGUGUUGCUCGGAAAGCACCGUUGAGAUUCGCGUCACGGACAGCGGCAUCGGUAUGAGCGAGGCUGACGUUUGUAAAGUUUUUGAUCUGUUUUUCAGGAGCGGACCAGCAUCACAGAUCAACUCGGGAACCGGCCUUGGUUUGUCCAACGUGAGAAAAAUUUGUAAUUCGAUAGGAGCGAAGAUAGACGUUUCGAGUCCCGGAGAGGGUCAAGGAAGCACGUUCACGCUUGUGUUUCCACGAACACGUCGCAGCAUCGUCUCCAGUCCAAGGCAGAUAUCGACGCAAUUUUCGUUCCACAUUCUCGCGAUGGACGAUUCGGUCUUGAUUCGGGGGCUGAUGUCGAAGUAUUUGACUUCGUUUGGUUGCGACGUUGUCAGCGCGUGUUCGGCCGAAGAGUCUCGUGCUCUCCUUGGUCAACCAAACCAAGAAAAGUUCGAUAUAGUGAUCACCGACAGCUUUAUGGGGGACGAGACGGGGAUUGAUUUUAUUAACAGCUUGCGGAGGGGUGCGGUAAGGGGAUUGUCAAGCGAUUUGCCGUGCAUUCUUUGCAGUGGAGAUAUUCACGAGUUCGACGACCCCAGAACAAUUUCGAUCACGAAACCUUUCUCGUCUGCCGACAUUGCCGAUGCUCUCAACAUUUUCGCGUCAUCAGAUGUUAGACGGCAGCAAGUUUAG